AUGGAGUGGGAACACACCAACAUGCCAAGACGGGGAAGCAAUAAGGUUGUCGAAACGUCACUCGCAAACAACAGUUCUUCUUUCAAAGCUAUUCUUACUCAGACGAUCACUAUAAGAGCUAUACUGAUUACAUUUACAUUUGUUAUGACAGUGAAAAGAUGCGCAAAAUUAACGGAGCCACAAAAUGGUAGAGUCACACCAGAAAUAUGCAAGACAACGCCAAAACAUCGUCAGAGGUGUACUUUUUAUUGCAACGCGGGGUACGCAGGCUCUAAAAGCACUCCUUACUCUAUCACCUGUGAUGACGGGGAUUGGAGCUCGAGUAUUGGUUUCUACUGCGCGGACCGAACGCCACCAAAAUUUAACAACUGCCCAAUUUCUCUCAACGUUUAUGCUGACAGUGGUCAAACCUGGGCAACAGUUUCUUGGAAAAGAGUAAGCGCGAAAGAUAGUGGUGGUUUGGCUAGAUUUACCGUGGAUCCCGAAGGAGCGAAGUCACCGCGCACAUUUCCACAAGGAACUAACACGGUUACGUAUAAGGCAACUGAUCGUUCCAAUAACGAGGCGAUCUGUCAGUUGAAAGUGACAGUACAAGUUCUUAGAUGCCCUGUGCUAUACGCACCACCAAAUGGAAAGCUACAUAAUUAUUCAUGUGGAAAUGUCUACGGAAGUGUCUGCCGCAUUGAAUGCAACACUGGAUUUACCUUGAAAGGAUCCAGUGUGAGGAAAUGUGACAAAAGAAACAACAAUGAAGUGUACUGGACCGGGACCCCAACAAGAUGCCAAAUUGUACAGUGUCCAUCUUUUCCUAUUCCCGACAAUGCUAUCAGGUCUGGAUAUGGCUGCAAUGGUAACGGUAGUCUCGCCAACUAUAGUACUACAUGCUUAACCAAUUGCAAGACCGGAUUUGUGGGUUCAAAUAAAAGAACUUGUUUGGAGACUGGACAAUGGAGCGGCUCACAGCUAGUUUGCUCAGGUACAUUGUAAUUCUUGUUUGUACAUGUAAUCAUAUGAUUAUUUGAAAAUGGGCGAAAUCACCUUCGAUAAUGAGGAAAGCACGACGCGACAAGGGCGAACUCCAAACUGUUUACUGCAGCAAGUACAGCGGUAACUCGAUCACAACGACAGGGCGGCCCACAAAACGAGAGCAAGAUGAAUAGCACAUGAUAUGAAUGUAGGCCUAAAACCCCCCUAUGAUGCAACCCCGUCUUCUCCUUUUUUAUAGAAUAAACAUUAAAAUAAAGUG